UGGAGAGGCGAUCCAACAGCGCCAUCUAUUGACGGAAGGCGGUCGGUGUCGCCGCUUUGCCACCCUGACACACCACCACCUCCCAUCGCCGCAAAACACAGCACAGGCCGACCAACUAUUCGUCUCGGAACAAGGACAACACGGACCUUCGCAAUGUCUGACAUGGAGGACGAUUUCAUGUGUGAUGAUGAAGAGGACUACGACCUGGAAUACUCAGAGGACAGUAAUUCAGAGCCAAAUGUUGACUUGGAGAACCAGUACUACAACUCCAAAGCAUUGAAGGAGGAUGAUCCGAAAGCAGCACUCUGCAGUUUCCAGAAGGUAUUGGAAUUAGAAGGCGAGAAAGGCGAAUGGGGGUUCAAGGCACUGAAGCAGAUGAUUAAAAUCAACUUUAAGCUGACGAAUUUCCCAGAGAUGAUGAACAGAUACAAACAGUUGCUGACGUACAUCAGAAGUGCAGUCACCAGGAACUACUCAGAGAAGUCCAUUAACUCCAUUCUGGACUACAUCUCCACCUCUAAACAGAUGGAUUUACUACAAGAAUUCUACGAAACUACUCUGGAAGCUUUGAAAGAUGCAAAAAAUGACAGACUUUGGUUUAAAACCAACACUAAGCUGGGGAAGUUAUACCUGGAGAGAGAAGAGUAUGGAAAGCUGCAGAAGAUCCUCAGGCAAUUACACCAAUCUUGCCAGACAGACGAUGGAGAGGAUGACCUGAAGAAAGGCACGCAGUUGUUAGAGAUCUACGCUCUGGAAAUUCAGAUGUACACAGCACAAAAAAACAACAAGAAAUUGAAAGCCCUGUACGAGCAAUCGCUCCACAUUAAAUCUGCCAUUCCUCAUCCGCUUAUAAUGGGCGUUAUCCGAGAGUGUGGAGGCAAAAUGCAUCUGAGAGAGGGGGAGUUUGAGAAAGCUCACACAGACUUCUUUGAAGCCUUUAAAAACUAUGACGAGUCUGGAAGCCCGAGAAGGACGACAUGUCUGAAGUACCUGGUGCUAGCUAACAUGCUAAUGAAGUCGGGAAUCAAUCCUUUUGACUCGCAAGAGGCCAAACCAUACAAAAAUGAUCCAGAAAUCCUAGCAAUGACGAAUUUAGUAAGCGCCUACCAGAACAAUGACAUCACUGAAUUUGAGAAAAUCUUGAAAACAAAUCAUAGUAACAUAAUGGAUGACCCCUUCAUCAGAGAGCACAUAGAGGAGCUACUGCGUAAUAUUAGAACUCAAGUACUUAUCAAACUCAUCAAACCAUACACAAGAAUACACAUCCCUUUCAUUUCUAAGGAGCUGAAUAUCGAUGUUUGUGAUGUGGAGAGUCUGCUAGUGCAGUGUAUUUUGGAUAACACAAUCCACGGGCGAAUCGACCAAGUCAACCAGCUACUAGAACUUGACUACCAGAAAAGGGGAGGGGCUCGCUACACAGCUUUAGACAAAUGGACAAAUCAGUUGAACUCUCUCAACCAGGCCAUUGUGAGCAAGCUCACAUGAUGCCACGGAAAAAUAAAGAGACAAGGAAAAUGGCAUGUUUGAAUACAUCCAUCAUGUAGUCUACCGUGCUUCGGAGACGAGAGACGCCACACAUUUUGGAAAAACGCCACCGAUUUUCAAAAAGAGCCUUGAGAAUGUGUUGUUUUGUCCUGACGAGAAGAAAUCACUGACACUGUUGUUUUUCAUGUAUCAGAUUGGCAGAUCGUUCCAUGUGCAGAUAUAGUGGUUCUCCAAAUGUGUAUGUAUGAGAAGAUACACAGACAGUAAAGUAUUUUAAUGUAUACUGUUGCCUGUUGGUAAUAAACUACUGUCAGCACUUAAUAGA